UCUGCCAAAAUAGAACGAUAGGAGCCACGCGUUAUCCACUGGUUAUUUUUUAUUCGUUUUUAUUAGAAAUCCUUAUUCAUGUUUAAGUUUUUUCGUCUAAUAAUAAAUCCUAACAAUUAGGAAAUGGAUUUCGCCAAAAAUGUUCUCCAGAAAUAUGGCUGGAGAGAAGGUGACGGACUAGGUAAAAAUUCCGAUGGCAUUGUUAAGCCGAUCAAAGCUAGUCUCAAGUUCAACAGUACCGGGUUUGGAUCGGAUCAGGCUAAGGAACACACUAAUAAAUGGUGGCAACGAGUGUUCGAUGAAGCGGCAAACAAUAUCGAUGUUGGUCCAGCCGGAAAAAUUACUCAACGCGAGAAAGAUGCUGUGGAAAUCUCGAACAAGAGUUAUUCGGUGCGGAAGUUAGCACAAAAGAGUGCGGCAGGUGGAAAAACCAGUUACGGUGGAUUUUUGAAGGCGUCAACAUUGUUGAGCAAUAUUGGCCGAGAAGAGGAUGUGGAAGGACACAUCCAUACAGAGGAUAUAGAAUUUAAGCCGGCAAAGAUCUUAACGGAUGAGGAACUGUUUGCUGCAUGUGGUGGCAGAACAGCUCAUAAAGGUGCUCGUCAUGGGCUAAAACUUACCGGCAAGCUGGCCCGUGUAGAAGCUCAAGACAAUAAGCUGCUGCAGGAAUUGGAAUCGAAAUCGUUUGAGUCGGUCAUUAAAAACAACGAUUGGCAACAGAUUCAAAAACGGAAAAAAUCUAAGAAGAAAAAACGAAACGAAGAAAAAUGGGUAGAACGACACCAGGAAGAAGAGGAAGACGAACUCAAGGAUAUGGUCCAUAAUUCCAACUAUGUUGUAAAGAAAAACAAAAAGAAAGCCAAAGUAGAAGAGCGGGUGGAGAAUGAUUUAGUCGAAGAAAUGAACAAUAGUAUGGGAUUUUUUGAAACUUUGCCAGAGGAUGACGGUGUUGAACCAGAUCCUGGGCCUACUAUCGAGGAAGAACUAGAAAUGCUAAGCAAUAAGAUUCGCAAAUUAGAUCACGGUUCGGUUACUAUUAGGAAAAAGGAUAAAUUCAAAAAGAAGAAACUGAAACGCGCUGCAGCGCAGGCAGACAUGGACGAAGAAGAUGAAAGUAUGGAUCCAACGGCAAAGUAUCGGAAAGAUUACAAAAAAGAGCAAAAGAAAAACAACAAACUUCUACGGGAAAUGGUUUCUCAAGAAGUUCAGUCGGAUCAAAAGGUAAAACCGAAGAAGUUGCUCAGGUCGGACAGCGAGGCAUCGGAGAACGACGAUGGCGAGAAGGAUGUGAUUCAACGUAUCAACGAGUACCGGGAGAAAAUUGAAUCAAAACUACCCAAGAUCAAAGUGAUCGAGCCGACUGAUGAGGACCAGCAACAGCUGUUGGCAGAUCAGUUCAAAAACGCUCAGAGGAACGGCGUUAAGCGCGUUGGCCGACAUAAGGUCAAAAAGAAGAAAAGCAAGAAGAGGAACCGCGUAGUGGCUCAGCUGGCGGAGAAUUUGCUUAAAAACUUGUGAGAAACUUCCGUUUAUAUUUUGAAUUCAAAGCAAUUGUAGAGCCUUUUUGAAGUUAGAAUAAGUCAAAAUCUGCUUUUUUCUUGUAGUAGUAUAUAUUUAAACAAUUUUAGAAUUGUGAAUAAAAGAAAUUGAACUACGA